GGUUUAAACUGUUUCCAGUCUCAAAACUGAACUUCGUUCAAUAACAAAACGGGUCAAAACAAAACGUAAACGUUAACAUAACAAACUUUGAGGUUAUCGUGUGUGGUUAAUUUUGUUUAAUAAUAAACGUAAAAAACCUCCAAAAUAUUACCUGGCACAUGAUUAAUAAUAAUACACCAUGAAUGUAUCGGUCGGUGACGUCGUUCUGCCAGGAGACUCCUGCCAAGAAAUUGCUACGAUUGGUGAAAAAAGCAAAGUGAUACUGGGACCAGGAUUACGAAAGGAAGUCAAUGGCAUUUUCAUAACCAAAGCUGGUACCUUGAGGAAGCGUGCGCCAAAUACCUUUUGGGUGGAUAACUAUCAGAAGCGUUAUAUACCUUCGCGCGGUGAGAAUGUUAUAGGAAUUGUGACACAGAAGGCUGGGGACAUAUUUCGUGUCGAUGUCGGAGGAAGUUGUUCGGCCUCACUGUCUUACUUAUCCUUCGAAGGAGCUACAAAGAAGAACCGACCUAAAGUAGUGAUCGGUGACGUAGUGUACGCUAAAAUGCUUGUAGCCAGCAAGGACAUGGAACCUGAAAUUGUAUGUGUAGAUUCUCACGGGAAGAAAGGACGAUUAGGCGUAUUAGAAGAUGGCUUCGUAUUUAAAUGUUCACUAAAUCUUAUUAGAAAGAUUCUUAACCCUGAAUGCCCCUUGUUGAACUCGUUGAAGAAUGAGUGGCCUUUUGAGUUAGCAGCAGGAAUGAAUGGCAGAAUAUGGAUCAAAGCUAACACUAUGAGAGAAACUAUUGCAUUAGGAAAUGCUAUACUUGCCUCAGAAUACCAUAGCAAUGAUGAGAUUAAAAGUAUGUGUAGUAAUAUUGCAAGUAUACUUGCGGGACACAUUUCAUGAUGGGGUUUUUUAGAAAUAAUUAAAAUUUUUUUAAGGUU